ACAGUAUGCCACUUCAUGCGGCAUGUAACUCCCUGUUCCCUGAAUUACUUCAGCCGGCUGGUGCUAUUUAAGAGAACGACUUGUCUUUUCUAAGACAGUACUCUGUCUAGUCCAGAACCUGGCUCUGGAAGUUGUAAGGAUUCCAGGUCAAGAGAUGCCUCCGAUGCAACAGAAUGCGGCUGCAAACUUCCAUGGAAAUUUCCAGGCGGUUGGAAACAGGGUUGAUCUUCAGGGAACCCUCUUUAGACUGGGGAACAAGUCAGGAUACAUAGAAGUGGAGAUCCUGAACCCUCAAACUGGAAGGACUAUGUGUGUCAUUGAUAAGGUGCAUCCCUCCUCAACUGUUCUUGACCUGAAAAAUAGAUUCCAUAAAGCCUGCCCUGCCCGACACCCGUGCAGAACUGGACUGCGGAUGAGUGUCAACGGCCCCUUCCUCAGGGACCAAUGUGACCUGAGGUCCGUCGCCACGUCCCCCCUGCUCUCGGUGUACUCUGAAGAUCUGGGCCGCCAGGUUGGCUGGAACACGGUCUUUCUUGCGCAGUAUGUGGGGCCUCUGCUAAUAUAUCUGGUGUUUUACCUCCGACUCUCGAGCGUGUACGACGACGCGACCCAAAGACGGCGCCACCAGGUGGUGGACUUGGCCUGCUUCUGCCAUUCUUUGCACUACGUGAAACACCUGCUGGAGACCCUGUUUGUUCAUAGUGACUCUGACGGCUGCACACCGCUGGGAGGCCUGCUCAAGGUUUGUGCCUUCUACUGGGGCUUCACCUGUUGGCUGGGAUACUACAUCAACCACCCUUUGUACACCCCUCCAUAUUAUUCCGGCAAGCAGGUGAUUCCUUCCCUGGUUUGUUUUUUGAUCUGCGAAUGCGGCAAUCUGUGCAUCAACAUCAGUCUGGCGAGACACAAACAGACACGUAAUGAACUAACACAUCCUACUUCUACCUCCAACCCCUUCACCUGGCUCUUCACACUGGUCCACUGCCCUCAGUACACGUACGAGAUUGGCGCUUGGCUAGCGUUAUCCAUCAUGACACAAACUGUUCCAGUGGCGGUGUUCGCUGGUCUGCUGACUGUCCAGAUGCUUCUGUGGGCAAGGAGGCGGCAAGGUAGAUACCUACGGCGGGUGAAGAACGCUAGAAGGUUCUGGAGAAAAGCAGUUAUUCCCUUCCUCUUCUGACUAAAUGGGGUCAAAGGUCAAUUUAAGGAUACUGAUAUCAGUACAGUGUCAUGAGUGUGAUACUUUUUAAUGUCAUUGUUAUUGUCGUGUACACAGUGAUAGGGGUCUGAAGGUUGUAAGGAGAAUGAGAUGUUGAACACCCGAUAGUUCCAUGAGAGCUGGGGAAUGGGGAGGGCAGGGAGGACUGGGUAGGAUGCAUGAAAGGACUGUCAUGUUUGAGAGUAGCAAUAUUCUUUUACAUCCUUUAAAAGUCUCACAGAAGGAAGACUGACAUAAAAAGUAUGCAUUUCUGUCUGUUCAUUAUGAAGAAAAGGAUCAUUCUGUCUAAGUGAAACGACUAACUGUCGUGCGUGCAAUUCAGAGUUCCUCGUCAAAGCUGCACAUGUGAGUGACAACAAAGAUGGCAUGCAAUUUAAGACUCAUAGGAAAGGUGCAAAUAACACCGGAAAAUAAAUAAAUAACGAGGCACUUACACAGCUGAGAGCAAAUACUAAAGACUAGCUGAACAGAUCCAACUGACGUUUAAACAGGGCCCAAUGAAUCUCUAAACAAAUGAAGCAAAUACUUUUGAAAUUAAACUCGGGAGUCGCUCUUUGUCUUUACAAUUUGUGUAAAUGUUUAAUCAUCUGUCUUGGCAUAAAGCAAUAUUCAGUACAAAUAGGAUGUAUUCCCCCCCCUCCCCCCCCC